CGAGCGGUAGCGACGGAGCUAGCCCCGCGUUGAGCACCACGUAGCGAGACAGCGGCGAGGGUGCACGGCGGUCAAUCGGCGAGAGCACGGCUGGGCUCAGACGAUGUGCGUUGUUGUCUCAGUUCCGUCCUGACGGGACUUGGUGCCGGGUUGGGAGUUUGGAGCGCGGUGUCGAUCCGCAGUGGGGAGUAGCGGUCAGCAUGGAGGCAGGUGGAUCCACCCGGGAAACUGCGACCGGUUCUGAAGUAUAAGAGGACUCCCGUAGCGAGGCCUGGCGGACGCCGCGGCUGAGGAUGGGGCGGCUGAAGUUCGGGGCGGUCUGGCGGUGUCUGGCCGCCAUCUUGUUUCUCCUGGAACAACUUCCCGUCUGCUCGCCGGAAGUCGACGAAGCGGACGGAUACGGAAGUGGAAGUGACCCCGAUAGAACCUUCGUUGUGGUCAGGCGCCAUCGUAGUAGUAGUAACAACAACAACAAUAACUUGGACGAUGAGCACUACGAAUCUUCGGCGGGAAGCGGCGCCGAUUCGAUAGAAGACUCCUACAUCAUCAGUCCUCUCCAGUUCAGCCCUAGUGCGGCCGCGCCCUUCACUCCUAGUGACGUCACAAGUAACGGUUCUGACUUGUUCUUCGCUCCUAUCGUCAUCGAGAGGAUGACCGAACCUCCAUCAGAAUUGCUCUCCAGAACAAGACGGACGUCUUUGAUACCAGACGUUGGGGCGGAAAAGGAGUACUUUUUCAGGAGAGACUUCCCGCCCACCGCGUCGGAGGAAGUCGAACAAUCUUGGUACGCGGAUUACGAAUACGAAGACGGCGAAAUGCCGCAGAACGACGAACCGUACAAACCUGGGACGCCGGAAGAGGACGUCCACAUCGUCAGCUGCCAAAUGGACGUUGCAUGCAACCCUAACGACCCUCUCGCGAAGUGCACCUGCAAAAAUCAGAUCGAGGCGUUCGGGGAGGCCCGCUGCAUCAUACCGAAAGCGCGCGUCAGCCAUAUAUCCAUGGCCAACUCGGGGAAAAUGAACGUGUUCUGUGUAGGGGUGACCCUGACCCCGCCUGACUCUGACAGCGAUUACGAGAUGCAGACCAGGUGUAAAUACUACGGAGGCAACAACGAGAAGUACAAGGUCUACGUCACCAAGAAAGUUGAGUUGGACGAAUUGUCGGCGACCGAAAAAGUCAGAUACCGGGCCUGUCUGGAGCCCCUAAAGGACUGAAACAAGCCCAACUCUGUGAGUGUAGAUAUUGUAGUUCUUUUGCAGGACUUCCGUAAAGUUAGAGCUCAAAUGUCUUGUAACAUAAGGUGACGAUACAACACCCUGUCAUCUGUCCUUCGAACCUGAUGAUGAUAAACUUUUUGCUCAAGGCAGUUCUCAAAGCCAAACCAGGGACUAAACUAAAAAGAUUGAAGUUAAAAUACUUCAUAAAUUGGACCAACUGAUACCUGUAAAUGCCAUUCACCACUCGUCUGUUUAAUGAAAAGAAUGUGAUGUCAUCUUCAAAUGCAUGGCGUCACGGGGACGACCUAGCUAGGCCCCAGUUCAACAGGAUAGAGACCGUUGGGAAA